UAAUUGUUAAUUAUAAAACCAUGUAAUAAUAUUACGUUCCCUCAGCUCAACUAUAAGAUAUUACUUAAUGCAAUAUGCAUUACUCAAGAGUUGAAGAUAUCUUACAUAAUGUUUAUGUUAAAUUGUUUGUGUACAUCCAUUGUUUAUAAAUUAUUAAGUAAUCAUUCAUGCGUAGGUUUAAUCAAUUUGUUUUAACUAGUAGUGUCUUAUUUGUAACACAGACAAUUCGAUAAUAGUGAGUCUGUAGGCUAAUAGUUUGUAUUUAAGUUCAAUUCAAUUAACAAACUCUUUGUUAAGUUUUUUCUAUAAUUAAAUAUGUGAAUGUGUGAUACUCUCACCCAGUAAAAGGCGAGGAGGCUUUGACAAAAAAGCUUUCUCUGUUUUGUUAAAGAUUGUCGUCUAAAUUUUUCCCCGUUUUUAAUGCAACCUUAAGUAGAUGGUUUCCGAGGUUAAACAUUGAUAAAUCAUCAUUCGUUCUCAGCCAAAUUACAAGGGUUAUUUGAUCAGCAGACGACCUUACAUUUUCUCAUUAAUUUCAAAACAGGUUUCUUAAUACUUAUACUUGUCUCUUCCAAUUUUCUAUAAGUAAAUAUCCAGAAGUAGCUUAAGUGUCGUGAUUGAGAUCAGGAAACAAACGAAGAGCGGAAGCCAUCAGAACAUGACGCCAUUAUUAAUAUGUGUUACCUCUCACCAUCGUUACAUGUCUGAUGCCUAUCGCAUGACAAUGUUUACCAAUACUCGUAAGAUUCAGAGCGUGGCGAUGUCAACUAACCUCGUUGUGCGACCAACUUUACACCUGCCUCACAAUUGUCUUCACCGGUAAUGAGAUCCAAUUUACUUUUGAGCUCCGACUUGGUAGUACUUUUUGUAGACGCGCCGGCGUCGGACAAAAUGGAUUAAGCUUGCUUUGCCCGCUUUCAAGCUUAAUUUCAGUGUCUGCAUUUAUUUUUUUACGAGAAAGCUCUCAACUAAAACGUAGGAAUUACAAUUGUAUUAGGUUAGCAUUUGUCGCUCUGCGUGGUUAAAUCUUAAAAUCUAUUGAGCUAUUAAAUAUCUUAUCCAAAAAGCUUUACACAAGCCAAGGCUUCUAGCAUAAAAUAUGAUUUUGAAAAAGUAAAACUCAUUCUUGUAGAAAGCCAAACCGCAUUACCAGUCUAAUAUCGCAUCUUGGCACGGAGUAAACGAACGAAUUAAUUCUAUAUUACAAUGUAAAUCACUCAUGUUUAGUCGAGUGACUUGUCUGCCGUCGAUCGCCGAUUGCAUAGCAAUUGCACUUGCCUUCAAUUUGCUCCGAACGCUUUCUCGCUCUUACGUCACAUUACGUGACAGAUUAUGUUAGCCGCUGUUAUUAGUGAUUAUAGAAACUAUAGAAAAACUUACAAUUUACAUAAUUGUUCUCAUGGUAAUUUAUGUUUACAUAAUGAAGAUAAUUGUCACGUUACUACUUAGGUUACACAGACUUCUGACUCUUUUAACGAAUUUCCUCUUAACAGGCAUUUUAUAAGGUAAUAAUAAUAUAUGAAACUAAUAUUUGUUUUCCUUUACAAAAAUCCUUAUUUUUACAUCUUACUGCAAUAUAGAGAUAUACUCUGCUAUUUGUUGGUCAAUUUACAGCGAUUUCAAAAGUCAAUACUUUGUCAGGAACGCCUUAGCAGAAAGUAAUAUUAUAUUUCACGCCACGCUUUCAUCCUUCAUAAUAUACUAUCAUCAUAUUAUAACGACUUCCAAGUAGGCCUCUCAUGUCGUGUCUUCUGCUUCUAUUUUGAUUUAACAUUGUACAGAUGCACUGGUAAACGAACUCGUGCGUUAAGUAAACAUAAUUAUAUCGGCUGAAACAAUAUCCCACCAUAUCGGCUUGCGCAUGCGGUUGCAUGCACGCACGCUGCGUACGCGCCGCGGCCCGCUCAGUCUGCGCUCCACGCGGCCAAUGAGCGCACUCCCGCGGCCUUUACUUUCUACAUUCAAAUAUCGGCCCGCGUUCGCGAAAUUUAAUUGUGAUUGUGUACGCUUCAUAUUUCUCGUCGGUUUUUUUUUAUAAACAUGUAAAGUGAAAGAGACUAGUGAUUUAAUCCAGUGUAUAAUAUUUUUUAGUUUAAAUUUUUCGCAAAUAAAACCUCGAAGUUUAAUUGAAUAGUAAACGGGUACGGAUCGCAAUAAUAUUAGCGGAAUGCGUAGAAAUCGUUCCGCAUGAUCGGCCCGAUAGAAGACCUAUCAUGGAGGUAACCAUCGAGUAGUGAACUAGUGUACCUACAACAAUUUCAGGCAUCGCUGGCUAUUGUUUCAUGGCUGGUGCGUCUGCCGUUAGAUCUUUUAAACAUUAUGACAUAAACGAAAACAUAAAAAAAGUGUUAACAAAAUGAGUUCGCGGGACUAUUACAAAGUGUCGUACAUGAACAAGGGAGCCGAGCGCUCCAGGAUCUCCAUGGACCACGACGUGUUGGACAACGACACGGAAUUCAACGCGAACCAGUUCAAACUGUACGAUGACUUUACAACGGACCUACGCAUCGCCUUCAACCCCCUCAGGCGGAACUUCCACGAUAUCACCAGGACCGACAUGAUGAGGAGGAGGGGCGACCCCAACGACUCCGGUGUCGAUAUGGAGAACGGGAACCCACUCGAGGAAGUAACCACUUCUAAUGAUAGCGAUCUGUUGGAGAACGAAGUGAUGGUAGAUCCCUGGAGCAGCAUGGACUCCUCGAAUUCACCGUUAACUGACUCCGGACCCUCGGCAAGUGAAGACUGCACCCCUUCCACUUCAAGCGAACCCGCUCGCGGGCCUCUAGACGCAUCAUCACCUCUAUCGCCUGAUUCGCGCCGCUUACCUGACCCAAAAGACACCAAAACUAAAGUCAUCCCCAAACACAUUCCCUCGAAGUCAUCAGACAAAGCGCGCUCGCGAGACCUCACCCUUGAUCUAGAGACCCUAGAGCCUGAUCUUCUCCCACGCCGGCCUCAUUUUCUUGACGAAGACUACCAACCGCCGUCCAAAUCAAACAUCGAAUGCAGAAUUCCCAAGCCACACUUUCUUGACCAUUCUCCGUCGCCAGAUGAGUUCGACGAGCGCAGUGACAUCACAAACCCGAACUUUCUAGAUGACGAAGUCGAUGGCGACGACAAUCAAGCACAAAAGAAGGCUGGUGCUCUUCCAAAGAGGCCACAGAAAAACCAAACCUCCACUUACUCCAGUCAGGAGGACCGGCCUCACAGGACCAGUUACCGUAGUACAUUGCAUUAUGGGCUUGAAAGUGCGGCGAGAUCGAGUGAGCGAGACAAAAGGGCUUCCCAGCUUUACAGAGGGACCUGGCCAGGAGAACGCGACGUCUGGACAGGUCAUGACUCAUCCAGCGUUCGCAGUUUUUCAAGCAAUGGGUCCGCAGAAGGGGCGAGACCUUCAUCAAACCUAGAAAAUAAAAUGGAAUGCGUUUGUUCUUUGAUAUCACUUCUAAGCUUGUCACCGGAAAAUAACGCAGAUUUAAGUGGCCCAUUACUGGAUAUGAGCCGAUCAGUCGAAAGUUGCAUAGCAAUGCGCCAGGCAGGCUGCAUUCCAUUACUAGUUCAAUUAAUCCAUUCGAAGGUCCCUCGGGAAACUCGAGACCGCGCAGCUAAGGCGCUACGUAACAUAAUCCACACGCAAACUGACGACAAGGCAGGCAGGAGAGAAGCUCGCGUGUGGAGGUUAUUGGAACAAGUUAGAGAAUACUGCUACGUUUUAGAGGAUAUAGUGGAGAUGAGGAAAGAGGGUAAAGAAGUCGUAGAGGAUGACGCAACGAAGCAUCCGAGUCAGAGCGUUGCAGCUCUGAUGAAAUUAUCGUUUGAUGAGGAGCAUCGACAUGUAGUGUGUCAAUUGGGAGGGUUGCAAGCUCUGGCUGCUCUCGUGAGCGGCGACCAGGCGGCACACGGUAGCAGAACUGACGACAACACGUGCCUCACCAUGAGGAAAUACGCCGGAAUGACGUUGACGAACCUAACUUUCGGUGAUGGAAACAACAAAUCGCUUCUAUGCUCUUUCAAAGACUUCAUGUUGGCGCUUGUGGAGCAGCUGGAGUCACCCAACGAUGAUAUGCGACAGGUUACUGCAGCUGUGCUCAGAAACUUAUCAUGGAGAGCAGAUACCAAUAGCAAGCAAGUACUUAGAGAAGUUGGGGCCGUUAAGGGUUUGACUAAGGCCGCCAUGACGUGCCAAAAGGAAGCCACCCUGAAGUCGGUCCUCUCAGCCCUUUGGAACUUGACAGCGCACUGCUCAAUGAAUAAAGUAGCCCUGUGUUCCGUUGAAGGAGCACUAGGGUUUUUGGUAGAUAUGCUUAGUUACAAUUCACCAACGAAAACCCUCGCCAUUGUGGAGAACGCAGGUGGCAUCAUGAGGAAUGUGUCGAGUCACAUCGCCGUUCGUGAAGAUUACAGGCAAAUUCUCCGCGAGAGAAAUUGUUUAAGUGUCUUACUGCAGCACCUAAAGUCUCCGAGCCUCACUGUCGUCAGCAACUCGUGCGGCACGCUCUGGAACUUGUCGGCAAGAUGUCCGCAGGACCAACAGUUCCUGUGGGACCACGGUGCUGUACCGAUGCUCAGAAGCCUAAUCCAUUCGAAACAUAAAAUGAUAGCAAUGGGCUCUAGCGCUGCUCUUAAGAACUUGCUCAAUUCAAAACCGGGUAAAACGCACAUCAUAUCUUUAGAUACUACGGCCAAGAACAUGAAUUUACCAGCUUUACCAACAUUAGGAGCAAGGAAACAAAAGGCACUAGAACAAGAGUUAGACCAAAAUCUGGCUGAAACCUGUGACAACAUUGAACCAGCUACUUCACCAUCAACGAGUAAUAGGGAAGAGAAAAAUCUUUUUACAGCCACAGAAAGGCAAAUCGCUAUGAAUUUGGAAAGGCACAGGAUGACAUCGAGUUCGCCAUUAAUGGGGACUUUGACUUCACAAAUAUCACUGAGCCACAGCGCACACUUGGCAAGCUAUUUGAGCUGCAGUAAUACUUUACUUAAAGGAGCUUUAGUGACACGCUCCAACACCGGCAGUGCGGGCAACGUGAACAGAUCGGAAAGCAAGGACUCUGUUACGAGCACGCAUUCUGAUUCUGUAUUCGAACGGGUGAUGCGGACUGGGAAAGUACCUGUUCCCACACCACGGAGUAAAGACCUGGUGAAGAGUGAGACUUCAAGCGAAUCGUUUAAAAUGUCUUCGAAACAGCACAAAGACAGCAACUUCCUUCGGUAUCCAACUCAGCCACCUAUCCCUCCGCCAAGAAGUACUACAGAACUGAGACCCAACUACACAGAAUCCGGUUUUGACGUCGACCAGGAUUCUUGCGACCAGCCCAUAGACUUUAGCAGGAAGUACUCUGAAACCAAAAAUGCGGAGUCGGAGGUAACUGAGAAACCCAAGACAGGAAAGAAGUAUACUAAGAAGGAUAACUCUAGUACUUACGGCGAUUAUCAGGAGACAGAUCUUGAUCAGCCCACAGACUAUUCAUUGCGUUAUGCAGAACACCAAUCGGAGACUGGAUCAGACAUAUCCGAGCCUCCAGGGCCCUCAGUCCACGAAGACACCAUCAAACAUUUCGCUACGGAAGGCACUCCUUACGAAACACCAGCUAUCUUCUCGACUGCGACUUCCAUGUCAGAUCUUCGGGUGAUCGGUAAAGAGACAAAAAAAGCGAUAACGACAGCGAAACCGAACCCCGAAGCAAUGACGCAUUCAGACGAAAAGGACACUUGUUCUAUAGAAGAUCCGCCGAAUCAUGACAACGAUGUGGCUGCGUCGACUCCACAAUCUGCGUCAGUAGCUGAGCCCAUUCCAGAGAAACGUGGAGUGUUCGACACUAAGUUUAGUUCAGGUAUGAUAAGUCCAGAAAAGCCGGUGAACUACUGUGACGAGGGUACGCCCGGCUACUUCUCAAGAGUCAGCUCUUUGAGCAGUCUGGGCGAGCCGACCGAGGAAGACAGCCUAGCUAAGAAGAACGCUAUGGCGACCAUCAACGUGGAGCCUAGCCCUCCGGAGCCCAACACGAGCUGCUCCGCCAAGGAUAAAGAAGGUUCGAAGGCAGUAACGUUCGCGACGGAGCCGGUGUCAGUGUGUUCGGGCUCGCCGCCGCCGCAGCGCUUCGUGGAGGACACUCCGCUGAUGUUCUCGCGCUCCAGCUCGCUCGGGUCCCUGCCCGAGUGCUCGCAGCAAGACGACCAGGGAUCUGUGCUGUCUGAAGUUAGCCGCCUGACGUCGGGCUGCAUAUCUCCGAGCGAGAUCCCGGACUCUCCGGGCGCGAGCGUGCCGCUGUCGCCGCGCACCCGCGCCGCGCCCACGCAGGACAUCCUCACCGCCAUGUCCACGCCGCCGCAAGAGCCGGUGUGCCCGGGCUCGGUGUUCGAGGAGCGCGUGUCCCGCUUCGUGGUGGAGCACACGCCGGCGCAGUUCUCGGCCGCCACCAGCCUCAGCAGCCUCACCAUCGACGACGAGCCCAAGCUCACCAAGCAAUCAUUGAAACUGUUGCCUCGAGUACGACAUGAGGAGAUAGGAAGCUCUUCGCCGAGCAUCCACCCAGAGGAAUUACAGGAAAACAGAAGAUUAAUUCCAAGUUUGCCGUCUCGAAAUAUUUUCGCAAACGAACAUUUGAAAGGGAGCCAGACCCCGGGCGAGGUGUGCCUGGUGUACUGCACGGAGGACACGCCCGCACUGUCCAAGGCCGGCAGCCGCUCGGACCUGUCCGCGCUGUCGCUGGAGUCGCGCGAGCCGCGAGCCUCGCACGACCCGCACGACCUGCACGACCUUCACGACACGCACGACUCGCACGACCUGCACGACGCGCUUGAGCCCCACGACACGUCCGACAGCUCCAACCUCAGCGAUGCCGCGGAUCUGUUAGAGGAGUGUAUACAAAAGGGAAUUGCCAAGGUGGUCAAAAAUAAAGGUCCAUCCGACGUGUCUGCUAACAAUCCUUACAGAGAUGAAGUUUAUAGAUCUUUGCCACCGUACUUACGUUCAUCUACGGAGACCGUGAGAAUGUCUCACGAGUUCUCUGGGAAUGUCCAUGAUGGAGUGUCAGAGGCACCCCCGCUGCCGCCUCGUCCGGGCCGCGCGCCUGCCCCGCCUCGUCCGCCCGGCCCUGACAGCCGCAGGUACGAGGCGCCCGCGGGCGACAAGCCGCGGCCCCGCGCGGCCGUCCCCGCCAGCCUGGCGCGGAACGACUCGCUGUCAUCGCUGAGCCUGGAGUCGUUCGGGUCCACGGACCGCGAGAUCUUCGAGCAGGUGGUGGCGGCGGGGCUGGGCGCGCGCGCGGCGUCCGCCGGGCAGGCGGGGGGGGGCUCGUUCGGCUCCACCGACCGCGAGGUGUUCGAGCGCAGCGUGCGGCGCGGCAUGCGGCGCGGCCGCAGCGACGACCGCCUGGAGGCCGCGCGCCGCCGCCGCCCGGCCCCGGCCCCGGCCCCGGGCCGCGGCCCUCCCUCCGCGCUGGCCCGCUGCGGGGCCGCGCACGCGCUGCUGGAGGAGGUCAUCGCCCGCGGCGCGCGCCGCCCCAAGACAAAAAACGUGGCGCCGCCGUCUGCGCACGCGCACCGCGAGCCCCGCGCGUGCGCGCGCGCAGGCGGCCGCCCACCGCCUGGCUGUGAGCGCGACCGCUCCAACGAGCGCCUCGCUCCCCGGGAACACAACCUCACGCUGGACUCCGACCCGCCCGACGAGCUCGACCGCUCCAACGAGUCCUACGCCGACGUGCUCGACGGCUCGUGGAGCGACGCCGAGUCCGCGCCCGACGCAUUCGACGGCAACACUCUCACUAAGAAGAACAAGAACAAGCUCGAGUGGACCGACAUCAAGUGCACCGAUAUCCAACCGCUCGAAGAUCUUCCGCAACACCUAGAGGAGAACUCGAAACGCAGCACGGACACGUGGAACGACAACACGUGUCCCGACGACGUGACGUUCCCCACCAUCAGUGGGUCCGUGCACAUGGUGUCGUCGCUCCGCAGCGAGGUGGCGGAGCCGGCGGGCGCGCUGCCGGACCUGCUGGCGGCGGGCGCGGGCAACGGCCUGGCGCAGGCGCGGCCCGACCUCACCAGCCGCCUGGAGCCCGGCCCCGCCACGCCGCUGCUGCAGCCCGCCCUCAUGCUGGACAGCGUGCCCGAACCCAGCUUCACGUCGCUCGUGGACGACGGCGACCACAAGUUUGACUCCAUCAUAUCGGCCGCCAUCGAGAAGGAGGCGGCCCGCCUCGCGGCGCAGCUCAAGAACUCGCACUACAGCAUGGAGACCAGCGUGACAUCGCUGACGUCACUUGACCUCGAUAAUGUGAAGCCUCCCUCCCACCUCGGCAGCUUGUUGUCGCUGAGUGCAUCUGGACACUGGGAUGAUACAUCCAAAGUAUCCAAAAAAUCACAGAAGAGCCGCAAGAAAUCGCUUCCAGUUGCACUCAUGGUGAAACGCGCGCUCAGCAACUCUAUGCAUCAAGGCAGCUCCGAGCACCUCGACAGCAACCCCGUGAGCUUCCUGGACAACGUGAAGCCUCCCUCCGAGAUGGAGCACAUCGACAUGGAGAGCAGCAUGAUCUCAGUGUCCAGCAUCGUCUCCGAGGUGGCCGAGCUCCGGGACCGCACGCCCGUCGUGUUCGAUUUCAAACAGCCCGUGCAGGACUUCCCUCUCUGCAGCACUUUCACGAAUACUUUCCACGAUCUGGACAAAGUGAACCCGCCGUCAUUAUUUGAUGAAAUAGCGGAGUCCACCACUGAAGUGGAACAAGUAACUGCUCAUCAGGUUUACGACGACUGUGUAUCUAACACCUUGAACAUAGUCACGGACAUUCCUUCAGGGUCUGAAAACUGCACUCCCCUACCGUCCGAUAUGAGCAGCGUCGAAUCAACUCCCAAAAGACAGAGAGACCCAAAGUACUUAACGCCCAAGGAAAAGAGACAUGUAUCUAAAGACAGAUAUCAAACGUACACCAUCACAGACACGGUGACAGACGCGGACGUAGUACUAGAAGUGGAAGAGGAGUUCGUGACAUGGACCAAGUCCGAGAGCGACCGCUCUGAUGAGUACGUGACGGCCACGUCCGACGCCAAGUCCCGGAGGAAGGUCAGCGCCAAGCAGCGGCGGCUGGAAGACAGAGCUAGGUACCAAACACAAACCGUCGACAUUAACACCAUUCUACCACAAGAACUACCCAAAGUAGCUGACCCGAGCCUGGAGAGCCUGAAGCAAAGACUUGCCGCCAAAAAGACGCUCAAACAGAAACGUCUUGAGGACGCGGAACGAUUCAGGACCCGAACGUUGAGUGAAGACAUCCCGCCUUCUCCCACGUUUGUAACGAAAGACGCAAACUUUGAAAACGUCGAAACCACGACAGGCUACGACAGCUUGUCAUCCAACGAACUGAACCACCAGCAGAUAUGUGACGACCGGCAGGACGACGACGUGUUCUCACGCGGCGCCGACAGCGGCCAUCACGAGGACGACUUUGAACUCAACUCCACACAGAUGCAGACUUACACCAAGAGCUUCCGCAACUACCUGCCUGUCAUAGAGAGCCCGGCCGCCGUAGACAUGUGCGUCGUCAAUAAUCUCAAGAACAUCGAGAUGACGGCGUCCUAUAAGCGCACGCUUCAAAUGCAGCCCGACAAGAACCAGAACCCCAGCAGCAGCGACUUCGCCAGCUACGAGGGUGACAGCAACUCUGAAGACAAGGCGCAGUCGGAAUCAGAUCCCGAGACGCCGCGGCCCAAACCCAAGAUCAUUAAACCGGCGAGACGAGACGAGAGCCUGGACUCUAAUGACUCAGCCGUGGAUGAGAACGAGACUCCUAAAGCUAUAAGAGGCCGGAAGAAGGCCAUGUAUGUGUCGCCUUACAGGAGGACUGUGUCGGCGACUCCCAAGAAACCUGUAACACCUCUGACUAAAACAGCGCCAAAGAGCGCUCCUCCUAAACUAACCAAUCCAAUUAAAGCUAACACAAGUGCCAAAACCACUAAACCACCUGCACCGAAGUCUAUAAGCGCGAACACUUCCCCGAAAAAAUCUAUCCCGAAAUCCCCAUCGAAGUUGCAACAAAAACCAAUAUGCAUACCUCCAGUAGCCGCUAAGCCAUUGCCGCUAGAACGACAGGGGACAUUUACUAAGGAGGAAAGUUCAGUGCCGGCGAAGGAUCUGCCUGUGCCUGACAAGAAGACACCGGCUCCUCGGCUGAGCAAAGCCCCCGCACCUAACAAAAAUAACACGUCUCCAUCGAGACUGCCGCAGUACAAUCGCACUAGGCCAGCUUCCGCAAAACCAGCGCCGGCCAAGCCAUCUACAUCAAGGGUAGCGGCUAAGAGGUCCGAGCCGGCCAUGAAGAACUCCCCUUCCAACCACAGCUUGCAAAGUAAUGAAAGUGGUAAAACUGUCACUAUAGCGUCGAGAAGCUCUCGACAGGGCAGCACCUCCAGUGUUAACUCAGUGCAGUCUUCCAAAACCAACUCUAAGGACAUUGAGAGUAAAAUAGCGAGCUUGUGGAAGAAAGUGGAACAGGCGAAGAAGUUGCCGGCCAAAGCCGAGAAGAAGGUGUGGAUAGAAGCAGAUAAAACUGAGCCGCCCAAACUGAUCAGGAGUUCCACCUUCGAGGGGCAACCGAAGGCGCAGAUGUCUUCAGCCCCGAAGCAGAAGUCGGCCAUCGGCAUCAGAGUGUCACAAAUACCCAGUCUGAGGCCGAAAACGGUUCCCAACAAAACCACUACUCAAGUGAACAGUGCUAAAAAACCGAACACCAGAGUAUUUGCAAGGAAACCAGUCGGUGGGCAAGUCGCGUCCUAAACAAUCAAACAUUUGAAUGUGAUUUUAAUGUUGUAUGGUGUGAGGUCACGAAUUAGAUUUCUACAAUAAGUAGUUCUAUCGUAUAUUUUCAUGACAUGAAAUAUUCUUAAUGUUUUGUGCAUAUGUUUAUACAAGUUUAAUUACAAUAACAAAUAAUCAUAAAUCAUAAGUAAUUAUUGAAUGUAUGACCUCAUUACCGCGAGUGAAACCAGUGACGAAUUAUGAAACGUAUUAUAUUUUUAAUUAUUGUUGUAAGGCCUAUCGCACUGUCGUGUCAUAAGCUGUCAAUUACAUACGAAUGUAAUACCAUUAAUCAUUCAACUUGACUGGUGUCGAUUUUUGCUGAUUUAGAUAAUUAUAAUUAUUAUGAGAAUCAAGUAGGCGAACAGUAAUAAGAUAAUCAAUAUCUCACAUAUUUUGUUUACAUAAAUACAUGGUUAUUAUUGGUUCAAACAUUAAAAAAAAAACAAUACAUGCUUACAAAAACUUUAGCCAAAUGUUUGGACCAAUGCAGUGGUACUCAUAGUCAUUACUAACAAUAGGAGCAUAAUUUAUCAAAUCGUUUGUGUAAUAUUGAUUUAAAGCUAACACACAGUAGAGGUGCACAUCAAUAUGUUCCGAGCAGUGUACCACUGACAUCACAAUAUUAUAAUCAUAAAUUCUUGAUUAUGAACUUGUUCUUGAGUGAAAACUAGUUAGUGACCUAUUUUCAUUAUCUCUUUUACAUCUCUUUUGUAUAUUUGUUGCAUUUAUUCAUAUUUUAGAGACUUUAUGUUAAAAAUCCUAUUUCGACUGCAAUUUUAGUUUUUUUAAGGAAUUAUAUUUCAAAGACAUAGUCACAAUACGGUUUUUGCUGGCAUAAUAUUUUUGCUGUUAAUUGUCGAAAUCGGUAUAUUAAAUAUAAAUUGUAUAUUAUAAUCUCUUGUAGGCCCUAAUCCGGGUUAAACUCAGUUUUAUUCAAAUCUAUUAUAGUUUAUUAGUAUUUCUAUAGUAAAAUUAUUGAGUCGCGUUUUAACUGCCCGAAUAAAUUCAUUUUAACUAAUUAAAUCCUCUAGGAAAGCUGUUCUUAACAUCUUUGUUCCCAGUCAACACUAUUUGUAGUAGAAACAUGAGAUUUUCUCACUAUAAAUAUUGUAAAUAUAUCUGUCGCUAAAAUUCUAGUUAAGGUUACCGUAAUGCAAUUUGUAUAUUUUUCAUAAAAUUUACAAUGGGAACGUCAUGUUCGCUUUGGAGUAAACAUUGAGGCACAGACAGUGGCGUCUCGCAAGACGCGAAGUUCCCUCGGUUUUACGUCUAGUCAGUUUUAAUGUUAAUUAAGCGGGAUUAGUAAUUCGGAAUAAGAAAGUAAUUUUACACGUGAAAGUGGAUCGCAUCGAUUGUAACAGUUAACUUAGGUUAUUAUUUAACUGGCUUCCUGUAGUUUGGUCGCAUGACGAUUUUACUUGAGGAACAUACCUGUUUUUGCAAGAAAAUUGUACAAGACACCUAUGCGAAUCUAUUUUAAGAGCCUUAUUACUGCAAAAAAUACUAUUAUUAUUGCUUUUCUUCCAAUAAACAUAUUUUUAUAUAAAAUAACGAGACUUUAUGCCCGUUACCAUGAUCGCGUGAAACGAACGCUUCCAAUAAAUCGGGCGCAGUGGAAACGCGACCCCCGUUAUGAGAUAUCAAUGAUAUAAUUAUUCUAUUACUAAAUAAUCAUGUUAAAUGUAUCAUGAUUAGUACUGAUUCCUUUAUUAUAUAGAUGUUAGUCGCAUAGAUAAUUUUUCUUUAUACUCUCACACGAUGUAGCGAACAUCAACUUCAUGUAAUAAGCCAGUUUUAUAGAUAAUAUAAAUAGAUUUAAGGUGCGUAAUUUGAUGGUAAAUAAAGGACUUACCGUAUA